AUGGUGAUGGUUAUAAUGCAGAAGCCAUGUGAAGCUGGUCGACAAUUGGGAGAAACACUCCGUGCUGUUAAUCGCCCAUCAUCGAUGGAGCAACGUGACAAACUUUACACCCAGUCGCUCCAAAACGUUCCUCCUGGCUCCUAUGGUGCUGUGCAACUCUACACCCAAUCGCAAGAUGUUCCUCCCACCUCCUACGUUGUCCCACCCUACACCCAAUCGCAAGACGUUCCUCCCACCUCCUACGUCGUCCCACCCUACACCCAAUCGCAAGACGUUCCUCCCACCUCCUACGUUAUCCCACCCUACACCCAAUCGCAAGACGUUCCUCCCACCUCCUACGUUGUCCCACCCUACACCCAAUCGCAAGACGUUCCUCCCACCUCCUACGUUGUCCCACCCUACACCCAAUCACAAGACGUUCCUCCCACCUCCUACGUUGUCCCACCCUACACCCAAUCGCUCCAAUUUCCAUCUCCAAUUCCUCCGUACCCAUUUCCUCCAUUUCAACUAACCUCCUACGGUGUUGUACCACCCAACACCCAAUCGCUUGAAAACAUUCCUCCCACCUCCUAUAAUAUUGUUCCACCGUACACCCAAUCACUUCAAAACAUUCCUCCCACCUCUUACGGUGUUGUGCCACCCUAUACCCAAUCGCUCCAGAUUCCUCCCGGCUCCAACAGUGAAGUCUCACCUCCUUAA